UUCAAUACGCUUUUCUAUUUUUUACUGUUAUUAAAAACAAUUAAUUGUACCAUAUGCCGCUAGUAUCCCGCAUGCCGAAUCGAUGUAACUUUGCAGAAAGCUUCUGUCGCGUAUGCACAUUCCACUACAGCAGUCAGUAGAAGAUGAGAAAGACGCGGCAAGCCGCUGAAUUUUCAGAGCUCAAGGAACUGGUACACCAACUACGAGUCUGCGAUUUACAACAGCUACUUGGUGAAAAUAACAUUAGUCGCAGCGGUCGAAAAUCGGAUCUAGUUGAUCGCGUGCUGAGUUUAGUGCGACAAAACGUUGCUGUACUGAAGCAUCGAGUACGUGAGCUUCAUCGAAAAGCUCAGCAAGAGGCUCAGGAACUUUUGACUCCCUCGACUGUUUCAGCUGGCAGUGCAGUGAGCCAGCUACUGCCACAGGUCGUGUUGCAGCCAGUCGAUAGUAACGCCCUAGCGGUUCAGUCGCUGUUGGCAUCGGGUGGACAUAUUAACCUUACCAGUGGUACUGGCGGCAUCGGCAAUAACGGUACCGUCGUGACAAACACCAACAGCAACAACGUUCACAGUGUGAACGCGCGUACGGCAGCGGGAAUGUACCAGCAGCAGUAUGCUAACGCCGUACAAAGUGACAACCGGGUCGGGCAGCAAGUGCAUGCCAACGGCAUCGGUGUGCCCGGGUACGGCGAUUAUCCGGUCUGCCCAGACGUGCAACUAAAAAAGCUGGCCUUUUUCGAUGUUAUGGCAACACUGCUGAAACCGGCCACAUUGGUUCCUACCAACACAACGCAACGUGUGCAGGAAGGUUCCUUUUACUUUCAUCUAACGCCUCAGCAGGCGAACGAAAUUGCACUCAAUCGCGAUGUCAGCAACCCGAACAAAUUGGAGCACGUCGUGCAGGUGCAGCUUAGAUUUUGUCUGCUGGAAACAACCUGCGAGCAGGAGGAUUAUUUCCCGCCCAACAUUGUAGUGAAAGUGAACAACAAGUUGUGUCCAUUGCCGAAUCCCAUACCCACAAACAAACCCGGUGUAGAACCAAAGAGACCUCCGCGACCGGUUAACAUUACGCCGCAAGUGAAGCUGUCUCCGACUGUCACGAAUCAAAUUGUCGUGUCCUGGUGCACAGAGUACAACCGCGGAUAUGCUGCGUCCUGUUAUUUGGUUCGCAAGCUAACCUCGGCCCAACUGCUUCAAAGGCUGAAAACAAAGGGUGUAAAGGCAGCAGAUUACACACGAGCAUUAAUCAAAGAAAAACUGAAGGAAGAUGCUGACUGUGAAAUAGCAACAACGAUGCUGAAAGUAUCGUUAAUUUGUCCGUUGGGAAAGAUGCGCAUGAGCACCCCUUGUCGCUCAUCUACCUGCUCCCAUUUGCAGUGCUUUGAUGCGUCAUUAUAUCUGCAGAUGAAUGAACGCAAACCAACGUGGAACUGUCCGGUUUGCGACAAACCAGCUGUAUACAACAAUCUGGUAAUUGACGGGUACUUCCAAGAGGUUUUGGUUUCAAAUAAGCUUUCGAGCGAAGAUACGGAAAUUCAACUUCAUAAUGACGGUUCAUGGAGUACACGUGUCAAACAGAAUGAUUCUGACGAUGGGUCACCUAGCAAAGCUGUGCAAAAGGUCGAAGUAAUAUCAGAUGACGUUGAAGUAAUAACUACGGAUCCACCAAAACCGAGUAUUGUAUCGCAGACUUCGGUCAUCUCAACUAACGAACCAACUUCAACUACUACCUCCAGUGAAACGGUUGAUUUGACACUGAGUGACUCCGAUGAUGAAGUUCCUUCAAAGCGGAAGAAAACCAACAAUAACCGCACAAACGGUGCAGGAACUUCCGGCAAUCCUACGUCGUCCGCUUCCUCCACAUCUGCUGCCAGCGGAAGCUCGUCGGCUAGCUCGGGAGCGGUAGUAACGCGUUCCAAAAUAAACGAAGACCCUUCAUCGUCAGUAAUAUCUCUCGAUUCCCCAUCGCCACCAUCAACACCUAACCCGCACAAUGGAAGCAACGAUGUGUCUUCGACAACGACUCCUUCUUUGGCGGCGUACCAUUAUCAGCAUCAGCAAGAAUCUCCUGGUGGAAACGGCGGGUCCGGCGAACAAAUGAGCAAUUUUCAAAUUAAUCCGCUAGCACUACAUCGAUAAAGCCAUAAGAAAUUCACCCCGCGUUCCGCUCCAACAAAGCUACGGCCGAGGAAGCAGCAACUAUACUUUCCAUUACAUCAUGAAUCAAACAAUAAUUUAUUUUUAAAUAACUUUUUAUGAUAGACAUAACACGCCCUCUCCCGAAACAGAUUGAACUUUCUCGACACACGCAACCCUUCGCACUCAUAUGCAGAAUAAUAUACAUUAUAGACAAUCAACCAACUAGACAAACCAGGAACCGCUAAGCAAUUGGAGAACCUAACAAACAGCAAAAAUUCAAAGUCAUCAGGACUUUGUUCGACUCUCGGUUUUUUGCAGAUCCUUAUAGUAUUAAAAAUGUCACUCCGUCGCUGGUCAUUAACUACCUGAAUCGUUCAAAUGUAGUUUUUUUGUUUUGCUCUAUUGCUAGUGGAUCUUGAUAUGUCUGUUGGUUGAGUGUAUGUGACUUAACGAUUUAACUUGGCAGGUCCUCUGUAUAGGAGACAUGAAAUAGUUGAGAUUUAGUUCAAAAACAAUUAUUUUGUAGUUAAGUCAUAAGCAGUCUGAUAUGGAAUCGACCGAAAUUUGUUAUUAUCUAUCACCAUUCAACACAAAUUACUUCAUUUUAUAAUUUUCUUAUAUCCGUUUUUUAUUAUAUUUGUAUUUUGGUAGACUCUGUUGUUCUGUAAGUUAUUCUAUUCAGGCUCAAAUCUUGAAAAAACCAACUAAAAUGACAUAAGACCAUCAAAACCCCAAAUGGCGUCCUAAAGAUAGGGAAUUUACAAUUGCUACAUGAAGACGAGCGAUAUAAGCAGUUAAGGGAUUUUCAGAUGCGACGUGAGUGUAGGGAUCCCGUUUUUUUUUGUUAAACCGCACACAAGCAACAUAUUUUAAAUUUAAUUCAAUCAGAGUUGAAAACAUAACGUUCUUUACAGAGAGAGUAUUCUGAAUGAGCUUUUCUGAACAUUUGAAGUAAUAAACAUUUUGUUUAUGGUU